CGACACUCUAAAGCUCUGUGAGGAAAGCUCUGAGGAGGAGCCCAAGGGCGGCGCCAUGAAGAAGAGGGUGAACAUGGUCGUGGGGCAAGGGAUUGCCCGGGCGGCAGCGCCCAAGGUUUCUGGAAUGAUGGAAGUGAUUCCUCCUGAAGAUGGAUUUGUCCUAGAAACACGAUUGCCUUUAUCAAGGCAUAAUGGCUUAGGAAGGACAGAUGCAAUGAAGGAACAAAAAAAUAGGCAAAAUGGAAGAUUGCAUGUCUUUGGGCCAAAAGAAGAAGUAAUUAUUGAACCAGUUCAAACAAUGCAACGUAUGGGAUGUGGAAAUGAAUUUGCAAGCAGACCUCCAUCAAAGCAAAUCUUGUUAUGUUCAGCCAAAUCAUUAGAAAAAGAGAAUGCUUUAACAAGGAUUGCAAAAAAUAAAAAUCUGAAGAUGAGUGUAAGACUGCAAGAAAGCAUAGAAGAAGAAACAGAAAUUCAUAAUGAUCAACAAUUAAACCCUGAUUUGCAGAGAUUGAAUCAUGAAACUAAAAUAAUUGAAGCUAAGACAGAACCAGAAGUCAAUGAUGAAAAAAUGAAAAAUUCUAGUAAUGUGGAGAAGAUUAUGAACAAUGAGAUCAGGGCAGAAAUUCAAAAGGACAGCGUGGAUAAACAAACUGCUGAUGAGAAGCCAUCAGAUAGUUCAGAUGAUGAUGAGAUAAACGGACAAAGUGAAAAUGAAGCUAAAAAGAGAAUUGCACCACUGCAGUUAAUGGGAGAGUUUCUGAAAGCAAUAAUGGAUCGGAAAUACAGUCUUGCAAAAAAACUUUGUCAGAUGAUUCUAAUUUAUGAACCAGAAAAUCCCGAGGCCAAGCAGUUUCUUCCACUCAUUGAGAAAAAACUACUGUUGGAAAGUGAACGUGCUGCUACAGAAGGUGAAGAAACUGGUGAAGAGAGCAGCGAUGACAGUGAAGAGGAUACCAGCAAUACAGAUAAUAGUGACACUGAAAGUGAAGGAAGUUCUGAAAAUUCUGAUAAAAAUACCUAGAAAUUUUGAAA